ACGCAGUGCAGCCGGAGCUGCGGUGCGUCAGUUUGUAACGUUACAUCCUGAUCCUGAUCCUCGGUGCAGCAUCCCCCCGGACACCGGCCCUCUCUCCCCCCCAGCCUCAGCCACCCUCUGACGUCGGGCUGCUCGUCUACAGUGUGCAGGACCGUGUCAUCGGAGGAGAAGAUGGGUCACGCAUUGCUGUGAACCAGCCUGUUGUCCUGCUCGUGUAACGCGGUGUUGUUAAACAAGGCUCUCGGCCUGGACAGUGGAGGAGCUCAGGAUGAUGUCCUCUUACUACCACCCUGCAAAGGAAGCAGACAUGGCGGCCAUGACGGAGCCACUCUGCCUGGAGAGAGAUGUGUGCAGAGUGAUCGAGCUGCUGGACCGGCUGCAGCGGAGCGGUGAGCUGCCUCCUCCCAAACUGCAGGCCCUGCAGAGAGUCCUACAGAGCAAGUUCUGUGCUGCCAUCCGAGAGGUAUAUGAGCAGCUAUAUGACACUCUGGACAUUGUUGGAGGACCAGAGGUGCGAGCGCAGGCAACUGCCAAGGCAACAGUGGCGGCCUUUGCAGCCAGUGAGGGCCACGCCCACCCAAGGGUGGUGGAACUGCCCAAGACAGAAGAGGGUCUGGGUUUUAACAUCAUGGGGGGAAAAGAGCAGAACUCCCCCAUCUACAUCUCCAGAGUGAUCCCCGGCGGUGUGGCCGACCGCCAAGGAGGGCUUAAGAGAGGAGACCAACUGCUGUCUGUCAACGGAGUGAGCGUUGAGGGGGAGCACCACGAGAAGGCCGUGGAGCUGCUGAAGGCCGCCCAGGGUUCGGUCAAGCUGGUGGUCCGCUACACCCCGAAGGUCCUGGAGGAGAUGGAGGCUCGCUUUGAGAAGAUGAGGAGCGCCCGAAGACGACAGCAGCACACCAGCUACUCGUGAGGCUGCUCGUUCGUUAGUCUGCACCCAGUCACCACUGUUAAUAGAUAUCUCUGGAGUCCAGGGGCUAGCUAAUCCGACGCCUCCUUCCACCUCAUCGUCCAACCCUCUCCGACUCUUCUGUUUCUAGCGGGAGGCAAGGCCGUAGAUGAGAAGCAAAAAACCAAAGUAGCCUACCAACACCUGUUACCUGAACUUCUUCAUGAAGCCAACGCUGCAGUUUAGGAAUUUCUCCCGCCCCCUCCCCUUUCCCUAUUUCUUAGAGAAAUGUAGAGUAAGCUUGUUGUCAGACCAUGCCUCCUGCAAUUUCACCUUUCCAGUGUGAAAUCAUCCUCAGCAUGCUAUUACAUAAGGGCAAGACAUUCUCUUUUUAGUGUUUGGCUUAACUAGUGUUUUUAUUCUCAAGUGGUUUUACUUUUGUAUUCUCAUGAUGUGCACUACACUCCUCGGCGGUGUCCACUGUCUGCUGUUAUUAGACCGCAGUAGCGGAGGAAACCUACAGCCUUCACCGCCUAUGUCCCAGCUUAGAGGGCUAACCAUUAGCAUUAUGAAGAACUACACUGGAAUGAGUAGCUGGCAGGUUUCGUCUUUGUCAAAGUUAUAAGAUUUUUUUUUAUUUAUUUAUUUAUUUGUGUAUUCAUUGAUUUGCAUAAUUAUUCAUGAAAUAAAAGUCUGUGUAAGUUGAA